AAGAAGAGGAGAUCAGCUGACUGCAGCUAGUGUGUUAUUACAGGAACUAGAGAGCAGCUUCUCUUCUACAGGACAAAAUAGAUAACUAAUAUAUGAAAGGGAUUAUUGUGAAGCAGGUUUAAGUAUUUAUCGACCUUGUAGCUGCAUAAAUUAAAGGAAUAAUCGGAGAAUGAAAGGUUUAUACUGCAGAGCUGCUGUCUCUGAUGCUGAGCCCAAGUUCCUGAUUCAGGAAACGACUCUUCCAGAUGUUUUAGGCAGCCAUCUGGUCAGAGUUCAGGUGAAGGCAUGUGGACUGAGCUCACUGGACCUCAAGCUGCUCGAUGACGUCGGUAUCCAGAGAGACUUGAUUCCUGUUGGCAGAGAGGUGGCCGGCAUCGUCCUGCAAGUGGGCACCAACGUGUCUUUCUUCCAGCCGGAGGACGAGGUUGUAGGUAUCCUGCCUCUGGACUCUACCUGCUCUGGACUCUGUGAUGUCAUUGACAUUGAUGAACACUAUUUAGUUCAGAAGCCAGAGAAGCUCAGCUCGACGUGCGUGGCAGGAUCGCUGCGUGACGGCCUCCGUGCGUACACCGCUCUGCACACACACGCUCGCAUGGCAGCCGGACACACACUCCUGGUCCUGGACGGAGCCAGCUCUUUUGGCCUCAUGUGCAUCCAGUUGGCUUGUUACCACGGCGUGAAGGUUUUAACGACGUCACACUCGCCGCAAGAACAAACGUUCCUGGAGCAGCUUCGGCCCAGCGUAGGUGUUCAGGAUCCUUUAGUAGUGAAGGUGAUUCCGGUGUAUAAGGACUCAUCAGACCUGCUGCCGGUGAUUCUGGAGGAGACGGGAGGACUGGGAGUGGAUAUCGUCAUCGACUCUGGAGUGCGUCUGCAAGAGGCAGAGUCAGAGGAGGCGAAGCUCCUCCCCCACAAACAUGACAUCAUCAGCGUGCUGGGAGUGGGGGGGCACUGGGUCACAUCCCACAAAGACCUGCAGUUGGACCCUCCAGACUGCAGACUGCUGUACUUAAAAUCAGCCUCCAUGUCUUUCCUCAACCAUGAAGUGUGGACGGCUUCAACAGCUCAACAGGGAAGAUACCUGCAUAUUCUGAAGGACAUCGUGGAGAAGAUGUCAACUGGAGUUCUCAGACCUCAACCCGAGGAGGCGGUCCCUCUCUAUGAAGCCACGGUUGCCAUGGAGACUGUCCAGCGUCACCAGAAGAAAAAGGCUGUUGUUCAACUCUGACCACAACAUACUGUAACCUACGAGUCACAGGAAACACUCUCCUUCCUUCUGCUGUUCAGCUGUUCAAUAUAACAAGUGAACAAUUAGAAACACUGAAACCCGUCACAUCAUGCAUCAGGUGGAACACAGGCAGACAUCAUGAACCUGCUUCCUGUCUGAGGAAAAACCCUCAUAUUAACACCUGUUAAGAGUCUCAUUUUCUUUGGUUCUAACCAACGAGCCACUCAUCAACUUCUGAAUAGGUCUGAUUUCAUGCUAUGAGACUAAAACCCACAUUAAAGCUGGGCGUUGUUCCUUACUUCAUGUUUUUUUGAGAAUCCACCAACGCUUCAUUUGACUCAAUAAAUACACUUUUUAUCAA